AAAUAUAAAAAUAAAAUCAGUUUCUCUCAUAUUUAUACCCCCGAAGAAUCAGAUAGAACCUUCAAUCCCAAGCCCAAAACCUCUCAUCUCCUUCCCCCCACUCACACUCUCACCCACUCACACUCUCACACACAAGCACAACUUCUGUAGCUUUCCCUCUCUCUCUCUCUCUCUCUUUCUCUUUCUCUCUCUCUCUCUCUCUGAGACGCGUGCAUUUCGGCUAUUUAUCCGAUCAAAUUCCGGCGAGUUUUUGCGGCGUUUUUCCAUUUUUUGGUCAAAUAGAUAGCGAUGGACAGAGAAUGAGGGACAAUCGCGGCGAUCAUGUCGUUAUCGUGCUCGGACUGCUUCUCCGAUCUACUCUGUGCAGAGGACUCCGGAAUCCUGUCCGGAGAGUCGCCGGAAUGCUCGUCGGACCUGGAAUCGCCGGCGUGCAGCGAGGAAUCCAUAGCCAGUUUCAUAGAGGACGAGAGGAACUUCGUUCCAGGCUUCGAUUACUUGGCUCGGUUUCGUUCUCACCCGCUCGACGCCUCUGCUAGAGCAGAGUCAGUUGCAUGGAUUCUCAAGGUCCAUUCUAACUAUGGAUUUCAACCACUGACGGCGUAUCUCUCCGUUAAUUACUUGGAUCGGUUUCUAGAUUCCCGCCGGUUGCCGCAAGCAAAUGGGUGGCCAUUGCAACUGCUGUCCGUUGCUUGCUUGUCAUUAGCUGCAAAGAUGGAGGAACCACUUGUUCCUUCGCUGCUGGAUCUUCAGGUUGAGGGUGCCAAGUACAUUUUCGAACCCAGAACAAUUCGUCGAAUGGAGCUUCUUGUUCUUGGUGUUUUGGAUUGGAGGCUACGAUCCAUAACACCCUUCAGCUUUAUUGGAUAUUUUGCAUGCAAACUGGAUUCAACAGGAACUUUCCUUGGGUUUCUAAUUUCACGGGCCACAGAAAUUAUCUUAUCCAAUAUCCAAGAAGCUAGCUUUCUGGAAUAUUGGCCAUCAUGCAUUGCUGCUGCAGCAAUACUUUCCGCAGCAGGUGACAUUCCAGAUUUCUCAAUGGUUAACCCUGAAAAGGCUCAAUCAUGGUGUGAUGGACUAAGCAAAGAGAAGAUCAUCAGCUGCUACAGAUUAAUGAAAGAACUUGUGCUAGAAAAUGACCAGAGAAAGACUCCAAAAAUCUUACCACAGCUCCGAGUGACGAUUCGGACCACAAUCAGGUCCGGUGACUCAUCAUCGUCUUCGUCAUCGUCAUCGUCUUUUAAAAGGAGGAAAUUAAAUAACUGCUUAUGGGUAGAUGAUGACAAAGGAAAUUCCGAAUAAUGGGAAAGACAAAAGAGGAAAAAAUGAAAUAAAAAAGAACGAGAAUAAAGAAAGGAAAAGAGAGAGAGAGGAAAUGGUGGUCCAAGUUGUCUAGCUAGAAACCUCAAUAUUUUUUGGAGGGUUUUGGAAGAUGGAAAAAUUGACUUGAGUAAUGGGUGUAGAUUAUAGUAAAUAUCUAUAUAUAUAAAUAUAUAAUAUAUGUAUGAGAGUUUGGUGAGUUUGAAGAUUUUAUUAAUUUUUUUUUUUAAGUUGGGCAUUGCCAUUCAUUUGAAUGGCUUUGCAGAUUCCCAAGGGGGGAGGGGAUUUGUGUUUGUUAAUAUUUUGGGUGUGAGAAAAAGGUGAAGGUAAAGAGAAAGACAGAUCUGUUUUAAAUAGUGGAGCCAUGGAAUGCGAAAGUAGUGGAGAGGGCAUUGAAAUUCAAAGGCAGCAUUGAUUAUUGAAUGAAAUGAAAGAGGUUUUAGAGUCAUGUGGUGGGACCAGAGGUAUACAGGAAAAAAAAAUAAAUAAAAGGGCUACAGAGAAAAUUUAAAAUCAAAGAAGGUUUGGCAGAAAUUAGAGAUUGUUUGAAGUUUGAAGAUUUAAGUUUCAGGGUGCACAGUUUCUCAUGGUAUUUAAUACUCAAGGGUUGCUCUCAUCUAGGUCUCCAUCAAUUUGCUUCAACUACCAGCAUCUUUGGAAAAAUACUAGAAAAAUGCUACAGAGGAGAAAAUAAGGAUGGCUCCAUUUAAUGUCAUAUAGACUCUUUUUUUUAUUAUUAUUAUUGUCUUUUGAGCAUAGACUUUUGAGUGUAAGUGUGCUCACGCGACCUGUGCGUGGCACACACGUGUGUAUGCGUGCUUUUUUGGCGGGAACUACCCCUUUUUUUUUUUUUUUUUUUAUGGCCUUGAGUUUGGCCUAACCAACACUGUUCACACGGGUGGGGGUGUUCAACUUUUUUUUUUUUUCCUUAUUUUUUCAAUUUUUUUAUUUGAUUUUCUUCUUAUGAGGGGAAAGAAAAAUCCCUUUUUCAUGGCCUAAGGUUGGCCAUUUCUUUUUUGUCUUUAAAUUAAAAAAGAAAAAAGAAAAAAAAGGACAAGAGGGUCUUUGGGGCCUUGCUGCUUGUUGCAAUGGAUUCACGAAUAUAAUAAUAUAUAGAUUUUAUUUCA